GCAGGAAGCGGAAGUGACGGUGCCGCUGGGCGCGCCGCGAGAAGGCUGGCGGCGGUUGCUGUCGUUACCGAGCCGCCUGGGGACGUGCCGGCGGCGUGCGAGCCCAGCGCCGGGGGUGGGAGCGGCUCGGAGUUCUGCAGGAUGAGCGCCAUUGCUGAAGAUGCUAAGCCAGAAGAUGCUAAACCAGAAUCUGAAAAAAAAAUAUACUACUGUGAAGUUUGUAAAGUUCCAUGUAUGAGUUCUAUAAGUCUUCAGUCACACUAUCGUGGUAUGAAGCAUAGAAAGAAAGAAGAAGCACUGAGAUUCAAGACUGUCUAUUGUCCUCCAGCUCCCUUCCGAACUACGAUGAGCUAUGAAACGCAGAGACCAGUGAAGAGAGGACUCACAAAGGACAUUACGUGUCUGAAGGAUUUUAUUAAUGAUCCCAAAAGAGAAGAACCUCUAGUUGGCUUAGAACAUGUGGUUGAAAUCAGAUUUGAAGGAAGAAGAGAGCCGCAUUAUGAAUGCAAGCUGUGUGGGUUUAAUACAGAGAUGGCGCCCAUGAUAGAACAUCUUAGUGGAUAUAAACACAGAAGAGCAUACAUAUCUAAAGAAUUUCCAGACAAAAUGAAGAGAAAGGCAACAGAUGUAAAAGAAUGCAAAGUCUCAUUUCUGAAAAGAAUAGCAGGAGAGCUAGAGAAGACUGAAGGAUUAAAAAUGUAUAAGAUUGAAGGUUACAUAAGACCAAGUACCUCACCCCCAUCAAAGAAGAAAGCAAGGUGGGAUGAUGAUCAUAAGCAUGAGAAUGAUCCUUUUUGGAAACAAAAAGCUUUAGAGUUCUUGGAGACUUUUCACAUCACCUCAGACUCAGAAGCAACACGUGUUGUUCGUGUUACACAGGAACUCACAGAAGCUUUGAAGUCCUUUUGUGAAAAGAAAGCAGUGGUGAAUUAUACUAACAGACUGAAGCCAUUGAUGCCAGUUUCUCGAGGUGGAUUUCCUGCAAGAAGAAACUUCACCAAACCAUAUAAGCCAUAUGGAAAAUACAAAGGAAAUUUUAACUGGAAUCAACGCUUUUUCUCUCAGUAUGAACAGUGUGCUGCAGAUAAUUCUUUUGCUUCUGCCAACUCACACAGUUACCAAACUGAUGAUGGAUCAUCUUCCUGUGGACUAAGAUCUGCUGACUCUGCAGUGAUGUCAGCACUCAGGGACUCUCUUGCUCUCCAGACUGGAAGUUCUGCUGGUAUCAGUGAGUGGCUGAGGCAGUUCAACCAGUCUGCUACUAACAACAAUCCAGCCCUUGGGGCCUCUUCUUAUGCGACAGGUUCUGUGAAUGAGUACUCAACAGAGUAUACGCCCAAAGAUGUGCAAGGAGACAAGCUCCCUGGUAACAGAAUGCCAUAUGACAGGGAAGGUGCAAGUUGGAGGAAUCGACCAACGUGUAGCAAUGCAAGGGGUAUAAGUGAUAAGAGAUUACCCUAUCCCAAUUCUUCACAUCCUUCUACUGGAAGAUACUCAACAAACUAUUCUUCGCAAAGCUAUUUCUCUUACAGGAGUGAUGGGGCUGUGAAUUCUUGUACGUUUUCUACAAAUUCUGCUUUUUCAAGAAGAGGUGGCUCUAGGUGGAACCAGAACUCUAGGUGGAACCAGCGUCCUAACUGGAACAGGGACUCAAACUGGAAUCAGGGCUGUAGCUGGAACCAGGGCUCUAGCUGGAACAAGGAAUCUAACUGGAACUGGGAAUCUAGGUGUCGAGAAUAUAGGCAUGAGAAAUCAGAACUAAAUAUUCAGAUGCUAGCCAGUGUGCUAAUAGAAGCUAGAGGAAAAGAUUAAGGAACAACAACAGCUGAACUGGAAGCAGAUGAACAGACUCAAGAAUCUCCGUAUCUUGGAUUUCAGGAAAGAGACUGCAUUUAAGUGUGUUUUUGGAAGGGGAAAGGGAGGUAGAGUGUUAUCUUUUUUAUGAUAUUAAAUGUAGGUGGAACACAAACUUGCACAUAAAGGAGGUGAAUACUAUUUUUUUUUUAGGCUUUUUUAAAUGUAUUUGUUACAUCUUAGCGUAUUGGAGAAAAAUCUUCUGUUUUUUUUUUAAAAUAAUAUUGACAUAUGUUAAUGUUAUUUUGUCAGCAAAAAGCUGAUCACCCUUUUAACGACCUUCCCCACUCAGAAAAAAGAGAUUUGCUUUUAUGUUAAUUUUGGGGGGAAGAACACUCACUGAAAAUACAGAUCUGUUGUUUGAAAAUCCAAAUGUGCUGCUCUUCACACAAAUUUCAGGUCAGUUCAGUUAACUUAAGCCUUUAUAGUUGGGGUGUUUGUAGAAAUAGAUACACUACAUUUCUGUUCAAUGAGGGUGUGACGUUAUUUCGUUUUAUUUUUGCACAGCAGAGAUGUACAAUAUCUGAGCUUUUAUAUCCUGUUGAGAAUGAAACUUGUGAAUCAACUUAAAAAUUCAUUUGAGAAAUGGAUCCAUGCUGAAAUGGAAAAGUCUUCAUUCUUUGUGCUGACAAAAGCAUACUAAGACAUAGUAGAACCCAUAUGGCAAUUGCAUAAUAAUAAGGGAAACUAAAUAAUCAAAAUGACACACUAACAGAAAUGGGCACCAGUUCAUUGUGUUUACCAGUGGUCUGUACUUACAUUUCUUCUCUCUGCACUUUUGAGCUGUAAGCUCACCAGUGCUUACCUUUAGAUGUCUGCUGUAUAUAAUAUUUAGCUAAUGUGGGGCUAAGGAAAAGGACUAGCUUGAGACAGUUUACUCCCGGUACUCUGCUCUCCUUUUCACUGCUCUGUUAUGGGCUGUCAUCUUUCUUUCUAACCAUAGCUGGAGUACUUUUCUCUGCACAUUAAAUACUUGUGCUGAACUCAGGUUUGUCUUCAUAAGCUAUACUAAUAUAUUUUUGCAUUCACAAAAAAUAACUUUUUGGACGUCACGUAAAUUUGUAACAUAAGAGCAACAAAGCAAUUGAUGAUAGGGCACACACACUUGAUUCUCUAAAAUUCUAUUCUUGUUUGAACUGUGCAUCAGAAUCCAUUUGCUUUCCUUUUUCUUCACUGCCUCCUUUUCUCCAGGAAGUGUAGUGCAAGUAAGUUCUUGGAAACAGAAAAACUGAAUGAGAGUUAAGGUUUUUUCAGCUGAGGUCUUCAUAUAGAGGGUUUUUCUUUCUACUUUUGAUUCCUUGUGGGAUUUUACUGUCAGUACUGUAUGUUCCAGUGGCAUACAGUGGCUGAAUGAUCUCUUCCCCAACAAGAUGCUCUUUCUUCCUCCGCGUUCCCUUCUUAUUUUUUGUUCUGGGGAACAGUUCCUGUUCUUGCCUGUUGCACAGGAUGAGUGGUCUCCCAGCAGGGGAGGGAAGUUGUGUCAUCCUUUCAGUCACUUCUCCAAUUAGUCUUAUAUAAGAGAAGACCUCGUCCUGUCUCUGUUUUCCUGUGUUGGCCAAUUUCCCCAAGUCAGCUUCUGGCUACUUGCUCCCAAGGAACCUCUGUGCCCUGUCUUGCCCCCGUGUAGUAGAGCACUGGAACAGAACGAGUGCUGUGUGUGUUCCUGUUUCUCUGGGCACUGAGCCUUCUUUGGGAAACAAGCUUUACAAGGUAGGUAUUGAUGGGCUGCAGACCGCACUGCAAAUGUUUGCCAUCCAGCAGCAGUACAGCUACACCACGCCCUUGGGCACCGGGGCGAUGUUUCUGAAGGUGUACCAGAGCCUUUUGAACCAAUUUUAAUUUUCCUUCAAACACCAGCGAUAAAAAUCUGGGAUCGAACAUGCUUUAGGGGUAGCUUGUGUAUUUCCCAGCCGAGUUCUUGUUAUUGUUACUUGCUUUUUCUUCAGAAGCAGCUUUCCCCCUGAGCUGAGGCAUUCCAGUUGGUCACUGGUGAUUGUUCUAUACCAAUACAGCUCCUUUAGGAAGUGCUGGCUCCAAUUCUACAGCAGUGAAAUAUGAUGAUGCUGGCUGAAAAAGAAUGACUUGACUUCCUUCACAGGCCACAACCCGGGUAAUUCCUCUGAUGUCAGCUUUUUUGGUUUUAGCUUUGCAACCUUGGACCUAUGAAUGAUCCUAGAUGUGUUGGGUUUCAUUUGGUCAGGAGAAUUGUCGAGGGGGACAAAUUCCCUUGCAGGAAGGGAGUCGGAAGCUCUUUCCGGUGGAGCAUCUCAAGGGGAAGCUCUUCAAGUGGUCUCUGAUAUUGGUUUGGCACUGUCUGUUCCCCCAGCAUCUCACAGGAGCAGCCCAUUGGAGGCUAAGGACACCUUUUAGGUGUUCUGAGUCUUUUAGGAGAACCUCUUAUUUCCCAAUGUCUGUGCUGUAACCAUUUGUCAGUGAUAUUUCAUAGAAAGAUGUUUAGAAAAUGUUACCAGUGUCACUAAGGAUCUGUUGCAUCAUUACUGGACAACUGGUGGUAGUUUUUCUGCCCCACAGUUGCCAGAUACUAUAACUUUGUAAAUAUAUCUUGAAGAAUAACAGCUUUGGGUAGAAGAGGUUUAAGAUUUUCUUUCAGAGUAAUCCUAGGGAGUUUGUUAACUUUUACUUCUUACAGGUUGCUUCUUGAAAGCAACUGCAUAAAAGGAACCUUAAGUAAGUGCUUUUAAUAUAUUUCUGCUUGUUUUCUGUUUGUAAAUGUUGAGAUUGAAAGGUUUUGAGAAUGCUUGACCAUCAGGGCCGCUGCAGAAUGGAUGCUUCACGCAAAAGGAAAGAUUAUUUACAUUAAGAGGGAACUGUAUAUCCAGAGGAUUUAAGAGUUUGAAGGGAGUUAACUGAAGAAGAUGCAGCGUUAGAAAUUAAUGUGAAGAAGUUAUCUUUAAAAAAGGCCUAAGGAUACCCUGAAAGAAGCAGCUAGAAUGUAAAGACAGAAAGCAGAGAAG